CUGAUGACAGGUUUACCGUCACAGUGUCCACUUGACCCUUUAAGGCCCUAUCUAUCUACAUCUAUCUACUUACCUCACUUGUACCUGACCCGUUGAACCUUAUGACCCCCGCCUCAUCUAGGUAGAUCCAAGCAUCGUCCCCGUAGGCUUUAGACCGCUCGCUCGCUCUCUCGCUCUCUCUCCCUCUCGUGAUCCCAUAUAGAAAACACAUUUACACAUGUCCAAUAUCUGAAAUCGGACAACCUAUCUCAAGAAUCAUCAUACAAGACACGAGACGCAGAGUUCGCAAAAGCACAAAGUGUUAAGCGCUGCAAGAGCGAACCAGAUCACCGGGCCGAACAGCGCUAUAACCACAGUAGCGUCAUCGUCCCAAAACGCCCACACUUCCCCUCAGCCCUUCGCUCCCUUCCCUCCCUAUUCCACCACCACCACCUCAUCACCUCAUCAUCUCACUACUACACACGUCUUCCCUAGGUAUUGUUAAACCGGCCACCCCGCCGCAACAACCCGUCGUCCCUCGUAGGACAACACCCGUGAAGCUACCCAGCCGUAUCCCUUACCUGCGUGCACAUUCGCAUUCACCAACCAUUUUGCUUCUCUCUCUUCCCUACCACCCGUGCUACGGCUAGCAGAGACACAUAUCUGCUGUCAUGGCGUACAGGAGUAGCCGAAGCGAGCUAAGCGAGCGGGAUUUUGCCCAUCGAAGGGCACCUGUUCGCGAGUAUGACGACGAUUUACAUGUUGACGUCGAUAUUCGAGAGCGUGACCGGGUAGACAGAACACCCGCCUUCCUCCGUGAGGAUGGUCGACGAACAGAAGCUGGACCUCUCGUGCUCCGGUCGCGCGAAGUCGAGACUGUCGAUAGACGGCGACCCCGUAGCCCAAGCCCCCAGGUCCGUUAUCGAGAGCGCUUCGUAGAGCGCGAGAGGGGCCAUUCACCCCUCCCCGAAAGACGCCCUGUUCGGUUCAUCGAGCGCUCCCCCUCCCCACCACCCGCUCGCGUGCAAGUAGUUGAGCGUAUUGAGCGCCGGGAAAGAGAAAGGUCCCCCACACCGGAUCGGGAUAGAGAGCUUAUUCGACUUCGCAUUGAACGCGAGAGACAAAAGGAGCGUACUCCAUCGCCAAGUCCCUCACCGUCUCCUCCACCUCAGCCUCAGGUUAUUCGAGGCCCUACCAUUGAACGGGAGGUAAUCACUCACUACCGAGAUAUCGAUCAUGGCAUGGUGCGAGCGAAGCCACCAACCCCUCCUCCGCCACCACGCCGCGCACCAUCCCGUGCACAAUCCCGUGCUCGGGAACGAGAGACUGAUAUAGACAUCGAUAUCACACGUAAUGAGACUGAUAUUGAUAUUCGCCAACGAACUCGUUCUCGUUCUCGCUCUCGCCCUCGCGAGCGACCCCGCCCACCACAUAGGCCUUCGUAUGACGAUGAUGAUUUGAUUAUUGUCAGAAACCGCGAUAGGCUCAAGGUUUCCGACGGGCAGAGACGCCGUGCUCACUCCGCGGCUCCACGGCCGGAUUUUGAUGAAGAGGCUGAGUAUAUUACCAGCAAGAUCGACUCCAGAGGGCGCAUGGGCGAGGCCUGGAAUGGUGCUACCAAGGACUGGACCAUCGUCGAUGUCCCCCCGGGAACUGAGCGUGUCAAGAUGGACGGUGUAGGCGGUGCUGCUGCUGAGGUGACUUGGCAACGCUACAACGGUGUCCGGCGCUCCAAAUUCAUCCCUGAAAGAGACGAGUCUCCAGCGCCUGCUCCACCGGCUCUCCCCGAACCAGCUCCCGACUCCUCACGUGAGAGGCUAAGCGUACAGAUUUACGACUCGAAACACCGAGACCGCGAGGUAGAAGUGGAAGAGGUUCGAGACCGUCGUAUCUCAAUUCGUGAUGGUGAUCGCGACCGCCCCGCCAAGAAACGCGACAGCAUGUGGACAGAGAUCACAAAGGAUCUGGUAAACCGGGAGGCUAUCGAGCGCCUGGGAUACGAGUAUGAGGAGACGGAGUGGUUUUUCUACAUUAUGACAUACCUGCGAUAUGAGGACGUUCUAGAACUCACAGACCUUACGGAGGAUAUCCGUCGUGCCCGAAGACGUCGAGCCCGUGAGGUUGAGGAGCAUGACCACUACACAUUCCACCGACGACAUCACGCGCACCGACAUCUGCCGUGGGAUAGGGUAGACGACGAACGCAUUGUGGAUCGUGAAGUUAUCUAUGACUCACCUCGUUAUUAUCGCUAAGGCCAAUCCGUCACGGAGUUUAAUCAUAUCUAAGCUUGCAAAACUUGGAUUUUUCUUGUCAAGACAUUUGUUACCCGACCAAAGUGUUUCGAGUUCAGUUGGCUGUUAUCCAGGGUUAUCGUAAUAAGCGACAAGCGACAAUGGGGAACGAGAACGAGAACGAGCGGAUGAAUCAUGUAAACAUGGAUGAAUCGAUAUGAUGUGAUUUUCUCACUAUAAAUUUCUUCUUUUUGUUUCCUUCUAUGACCGGGAUUUGAAACACAUUCCUCUUAUUCUCUUUUCGGCAUUGGGCGCGUGUCGCAUGGAGCGAGUCGGUGGAUGAUGGGAGGGUGAACUUGGGGAUUUGUAUCUAGACAGCGCUUGUGUGUGUGCUCUCAUGAUUGAUGACUCGAUGAAUUAUACCUAUUUAUCAGUAACUUCAUUUAUUCAU